ACGGUCUCGAUGCGAUUGUGGAGCGCUAUCACGUGCGAACGGCCGGUUCGGCGGAAGCCACUCCGGCAGAUCUCAACACAGGCGUGGAAGAGACCACGAUUCCACCUUCACCAGCAUUCACCGUUGGCCACCUCAGCACUCAGAAUGGUUGUCUUUUGGUGAUAAUUUCAAGCCUCGAUGCUCCUACUUACUUCAUAGUUUUUUUUAAAAGCGGCAGCCCACCAUGGUGCUCUUCUCCGCGUUCCUGUCGCUCGUUUCUCUGCUCUCCCUUGCUACAGCUUACGGCACCCUCAGCGACGAGACCCUCAAAAACUUCCCCAGCCCCGGCGAUGAAUUCAAUAUCAAGACCGGCGCCAUAUUAGCACCUAUCCUGCGCACGCGGGUGUCGGGAACGCCGGGUAGCACCGCCGUACUGCAGCAUUUCCUCGACUUCUUCAAGAACCAGCUGCCGGAAUGGAACGUGGAGCUGCACAACUCUUCGGCCAUCACGCCCGUAAGCAACGGGGAGAAGAUACCGUUUGUGAACUUAAUUGCGACGCGAGAUCCGCCCACCAGCCGGGUCGGUGAUGUCGGACGCCUGGCGCUGGUCGCACAUUACGACAGCAAGUUCACGCCGGAGGGAUUCAUAGGCGCGAUUGACAGUGCGGCUCCGUGCGCCAUGAUCCUGCAUGCGGCGCGCAGCAUCGACGCAGCGUUGACAAAGAAGUGGAAGGAGAUGGUGGCGGACGGUACCGAUGAGCUGGAGGAAGCAAAGGGAGUCCAGAUCCUGCUGCUGGAUGGAGAGGAGGCAUUCAAGAGCUGGACAGCCACGGAUAGUCUAUAUGGGUCGCGCGCGCUCGCAGAAGACUGGGAGUUCUCGUACCACCCCGCCGCAUCCACCUACCGCACCCCGCUCGACUCGAUUGACCUCUUCCUCCUCCUCGACCUGCUAGGCUCCUCGGGGCCAACAAUACCGUCAUACUUCAAAACUACACAUUGGGCUUACAAGAGCAUGGCGGCCAUUGAGCACCGUCUGCGGGAGCUGGGCUUGUUCAAGUCCUCUCCCAAUCACCCUACCAAAAUGGCGAAGCGGAAGAACAAGAAGAAGCGCGCAGAGCCUCGCUUCCUGACUGAGGCUGACAAAGGCGACAAAGCAUUCUUGGGUGGCUAUGUGGAAGACGACCAUGUCCCAUUCAUGGCCCGCGGAGUAGAGAUCCUGCACAUCAUUCCCACUCCCUUUCCACACGUAUGGCAUGACAUUACUGAUGACGGAGAGCACUUGGAUUUGGACACAGUAGAGGACUGGACGAGGUUGGUCACGGCUUUUGCAGCAGAGUGGAUGGAGUUGGAAGGCUUUUUUGACUUUAGGCAACAAAGGAGGGCGGAGUUUACGGAGAAAUCGGAAUUCGAGAUACCCUAGGUAUGGGAUGUAUCGCAUUUAUUCUUAGCGCAGGAAAAAGCGCAACGCAUUCUAGCUCCUUCGAUGAUCUUUGUGUUAACUGUGAGACAGUGUGAACGUACUAACCGAAGAGGACUUGUCAAAGGAGAACAAAGACUAUUCGUGCUUGCAAAGACACGCCAACACCGUCAACUUAGGUAAUCUUCCAC